AUGGCAUUAUUACGCCUCCCCCUGAGCGCGCUGCUGCUGCUCACAUGCGCGCUCACAGCCUCCGCGCACGGCGGCGCCGAACACGCGCAGAUCGUCGUCGCGCCCGACGCCGACUGGGCGACCCGCCACAUGGCUGAGGAACACCACAUCUCCGGCUUCGACGCGUCGACCUUCUUCCACCUGCACGACUACGACAGCACCGGCCUGUGGACGGCCCCGGACAUCCGCCGCACCUACGGCCUCUCCGACCCGUCCACGGCCUCCAUCAGCGAAGCCAAGAAGCAGAUGGUCGUGCAGACCGUGCUGGACAUGUUCGACUCGGACAAGAACGGCGAAAUCAGCCUCGCCGAGUUCCUGGCCAAGGACGCGCAAAACAUCAAACUCCCGGACUUUGGCAUGGGCCCCGGGCACCACGGAGACGACGAGUACGAGUACGAGAUCCACCACUGGGAGAAGUACCACUUGGGCGACGAUGUCAAGGAGGAGGAUCUCACGCACCCGGAAGAUAUUGCGCAUUUCAAGAUGCACGAGGACAAGGAGCGGGCGCAGGAGGAGUGGGAGAAGCUGGAGCGGGGGAUCGUGGAGAAGAACAUCCCAUCCAAGUACAGGCAGAACUAG